AUGCGGGAGGUCAACUUCAGCAUCCCUAAUGUCAACAAGGCUUCUGUUAAUAUCACGACCACCCUCUAUGACCGCCGUGCUCUCGAUUGCACAUCGACCCUGCCGCUGAUAAAUUCCCUCAACCACCUCGCCUACCUCACCACAUCCUCCGCCCGCAUUCGCGAUAUCCUCACCGUCGAUGGCGGAAUCGAGAGACUGGUCUGCAUCCUCAAAGAAGGCCGCAGUCGAGAUCUGAUGGAGAUGUGGAAGUGGAGCCUCGCUUUCCAGUGCGUUGUCAACAUCGGAGUGCGGGGCUCGGAGAGUGUUCGAACGAGAGUCGUCGAGGCCGACAUGGUCCCCGUCAUUGCGACUAUUCUUGACAAUUAUAUCAAAGUGGUUGACAAGGCGCGCGCACGGGCGGACACCGAAACGCAGCGACACUCAUCCAGGCAUCAUCCCAAAGCCGUGCCCGGCCCUAGCGAUGCCGCCGGCCGGCCCUCUUUCCUUGACUCGUCGAACGUUGAUCAACGUGCCUCUCGCCGCCAGGCCCCUCCGCCAAACAUCGAAAUCCCCCCGUUCUUCCAAGAGAAUCAAGCGACCGACUCCAAUGCCAUGGACGUUACGUCCUCGCCUCGCAUGCCGAUGGCCUCUCCGCCGGAAAGGAAUCGCCACACACAGGAAGUUCCCAGUCAUAGGCCCAACGAUGUCCGUCAUCCGCACUCGGGUCACCGUCACCGGGCGAUACAGCCCCUUGCCACCGCCUUGCCCGCCAUGGAUGCUGCCGACGGCUUCGGUCUGCGCCCGGUGCGUGACGCCGAAAGACUGCCCAGCAUGCUCCCGAGCUUACACAACGGCCUCGCCUCGCAGCCCGAUUCUCCAACUACCCCAAGCGGCCCGGCGCAGCCUCGCAGCGCUGCCCAGGUCAACGCUGCUAGACAACGGCCCGCCCUUAGACAGCAGGUAUCGGCAUCGGGCGAAUCGGACGACGGAAAUGGAGAAGGGUCUACCAUGGAAGACGACACCGCUUCUGGGGAAGCGGCCGAGCCUAUAAUUGGUCUUCAGAAUCAGAUGGAAAUCGAUGAAGUUGGCGAUCGGCAGGGCAUGCUCGAAGGCGUUUCCAACGCCCAUGACCUGACGGUAACUGAUCCGUCCGAGGGACAAGAGGCCGAGACUUUCAAUAUCACCCAUCGGUCUACCGUCGACGGCAGUAUCAUUAACAACGACACCACGCCGACGAAUGGAGGAUUAGGCUUGUCUCCGACGCAAGCCGUCAACAACGCCAACUCCCCUACUCUUGUUCCCAGCCCUUACUCUCUUUACUGGCGCGACCGAUCGACCACUCAGAACGUCACCCAGAACGUCCUAACCACGAUGCCCCGAGAGGAGGACGUCUUGAUGUCCCUUCAACUCCUGGCAUAUGUGUCCAAGUAUUGCAACCUCCGAUCCUACUUCCAGCACUCCCACCUCGUUCCGAAACUGAAAGUCGACCGUGAACUCCACAUUCUCGAGGAAGGUGCCUCGCCAAUUGAGCCCGUCGAGGAUGAGGACGAGUACCUUCUGCCCGACGACGUCAACAUCUUUCCCCUCGUGGAGAAGUUCACGGUGCGGCAUCACUCCAAGGACAUGCAAUACUGGGCCUGCGUGGUCAUGCGCAACCUUUGCCGUAAGGACGAGUCCCGGGGUGGCAUCCGGCAAUGUGCAUACUACAAGUGCGGCAAAUGGGAGGAGUUCCAGCGUCAAUUUGCAAAAUGCCGCCGUUGCCGCCGCACCAAGUACUGCAGCAAAGAUUGCCAAAAGGCUGCGUGGGUGUACCACCGUCACUGGUGCCACACCACGCCAUGA